AUGGAUCCGUCCACGAUAUCCCCGGACCUCCCAGAUCGUGCUGCCUCCGCUGAAGCCAGUUCAACCCGGCCGAAUCCCUUUGAUGACGGUGAUAUCUCGUCUCGCAAGCGCCGGCGCACGUCUCUCUCCGGAUCACCUACAAACUCCCUCGAUACCGUGAACCCGCUCCACGAUUCCUCGAGCUCUACCACUCUCGACACUGAUCCCCUCGUCCCCAGCCGUGACUCGGCUGUAGAAGCUCGGCCAGAACCUGUCGCGCCAAAGACCCCCGAGCCUGGCACCUCGAUGCGCGAGCCACCCACCGAGCCUCCGUCCAGCAUGGUUACUAUUAACCUUAGGAACGCGCCCCAGAGUGACUCGUCGUCUUCCUCGCCCCCAUCUCCUUCACCUGCCGCCCAGCCCCCUGCGACCGAUGCCGUCACCGAUGUUGCGACCGACGACGUCAAGGCCAGUGUUGAAGACUCCGAGGUCGACAUGGUGCCGGUUCCUGCCCAGAGUACCGAUACCUCCAAGUCCGCCUCUUCACAUUCAACAAGCCCGCCAAUCGAGAUUAUCACAGUGCCGUCAGAUGAUGAUGACAUGGCUUCCGAUCAUAUGAGCGUUGGAGUUUCCAUCGUUGGGGAUGACCCUAUCCUGAUCGAUCCUAUCCAUGACUUCCCCUUUCAUGAUCCCGAAGAAACCACCGAAUCGACAGUGGAACGACUGGCAAACUAUCUUUCAACUCAAUCUCCAAUUGAUGAAGGCGUUGUCGACAAGGUUCAGCAAUGGCUAGAAAGGUACCUCAGAUACAUCAGAGACGUCGACCAGCAAUCUGCCAUCGACUCAUGCCGACAAAAUUUGGGGUUUUGGGUUACAUUCCCCGAAAUCUUUCACGCAAUGGCAUGUCGCAAGCCAUCAAUGUUGAAAGCACAUGGAUUGCGCGGCGUUACUCUGGCGUUUUUCGCUGGAUUCGCCAAGCUGACGGCCUGGUUCAUCGAAUCUGACAUUCGUGCUCUGCAAGAGUUUUCGGCUACGCAGACGGAUCAAAAACAGCGUCCACCUACUCUAUUGUCUCCUCUUUACCUCGACCGCUUGCAUAUGAUGACUGGGGCGCCUUUCUACGACGAGCAAACUGGUAACGCCGAUCUUUCAUCCCCUAGUCUGGAAGAUGUGUCAUACGUGAUCAAGGAAUUUCAGGAAAGUCAAGGUGGAAGCCUCAGUUGCCUGCUCCAGCUGGUCAGGUGUCUGGUGGAUCAUAUCUCCAACUUCCCUCGAUGGACUGAUGAGCUAUCCUCGAUAUGUCUGGUUGCAGCAGAUAUCAUGACAGAUGCAAGCUUCGCCUCGGGCAGCCCAGGACUCCCCCCCAUGGCCAAACAACGGCUAGAAGUUGGUCAUGUCCUCUACGACCUGGUCUCAGAUACCCUCGUAAGGAUGGUUGAAAAGCAGCCGACGCAGUUGAAUGCCGAUAAAGUCUCAACUAGUGUUCGGGCUCUCACAAACAUGAUCAAAUCGAGCCUUCAGGGCGAACAUGAAGCUGCAACUCAGCUACUAAUCGAGCAUCGACAGGCGCACCCCCAGCUCCCAGUCAACUACACUAUUGAGGCAAUCGCUUGGGAGCGACGUCUUGGGCUCUUGAACAAGCUGAUAAGGUCAAGUCAGAUGCAACUCCGUGUUGUGGGUGUCACCCAGAUGUGUGGUGACCUGGUCUCCUGCUGGAGACGCCAUUGUGAUAGCGGAGACGAUGGCAGCAUACUCCACCUCAACCAUCUCGCGGAAUACCUGCUCCAGACCGGACUCAUAGAGUACAUCCUCGGCUCUAACUGUCAUCCAGAGAUCACUCUUGAGGGCGCCAACAUCGUGGGCUUCUUGGUAGUGACCAAGAUGUACCGGGAGGAGCACAUCAAUAUGAUAUGGCAAGGUAUCACAUCCGGCCAAGAUCCUCGCACCGCAGAUGCUCUCACUCGCAUGGUGACAAAUAUCACAAACCUUUUCGACUACGCCGGUCUUCUAUUUUUCUGCGACAAAUUUCAGGCCCUUCCCAUGGAUGGCUUCACUCCCUCCAUCCGAAUGCUUUGGGAGACCGUCAUUAGGCACAUGGUUACAAGAUCACAAGUCGAUCGACCGGGACUGAGCUUUCAUCCCUACAACUUGUGCUUACGGCUGCUCAGAGAAUCGUCAGUUUGCACAUCCGGAUCACAAGUCGCAUAUCCCGACAUGCAGCACGCAGCGAUGCAGAAGUUUAAGGAGCUCCUGGCAUAUGGGCCAGAUUCCGAAGGACGCCAGCAGCUGUACCAGAGCUGCAUUCAGGACAUAGCAGACCAGUCAGCAACUACAUUGGGCAGCCUCUGGUGCUUGUCAAUGGCAAUCCGCUCCGCGGUUGUUAUGGAACUUCGUGUCUUGACGGAGAAGCACGACCUGACGAGACUUAUCGUUACUGAGCUAGAGCACGCAAUCAAGGUCGGACGAGCUGCCGGCGUUCAGACGGUUCUCUGGGGCGCCAUCAACCAACCUCGCAGGGACUUCAUCACCAACAUCAUCCAGGUUGAACCCCAAACAAUCACCAAGGAGCUGGGGAUAAAGCUCUGGGACAUGCUGGUCGGCCCGCGGUCACUAUCGCUUGAGGAUAGGAGAGCAGGAUGGGGUAUCUUGAACAAUCUUAACCGGAAGCUCAACCUCGCCAACCCCUUUCUCCAAACGUGCUUGUCUCAAUACCUCCCAACUCUCCCUUCCGAAUAUUUCUGCGACGGCAUGCUGGAGUUUCUCCGGGCGGAAAUUCUACCGCGUCUCAACGAGAAAGCCGACCUAGCCCUUGACGACCAUGAUAUGGUUGCUGAGAGCGGUAUUGAGCAAUUGUGGCGCUUGAUCCUCGAGACUGAGGAUGGAUCUCUCGUUGAUCGAUCAGUACGGACGCUUGCAAUCGAUAUCUAUGUUGAAAGCCGGCAUAUGGCCACCAGCCCGCUUCAGCGAACACGACUGAUCCACAUGGCUCUAGUCAACCGAUGCCUACAGCAGCUAAAGGAUGCCGCGCGGAAAAUCAAGAGCUCUAACGAUGGAGCGACGAGCGGCGAGGAUGAGCCCAUGUCAACUGUUGCAACGGAUGAGCAAAUCCAGCAGCAGGAGAGGAUCUUCAUUCGAUCCUUGAGACUAUUGCGGCAUAUACUGGAGGCCCAUCAAUCAAAACCUCUUCUGUCGGCCCCUGACCUGAGAACGUUGAUCCCCCAAACCCCCUAUGAGGUGCAAGGCGACUCGGCUGAGCUCAAAUACCAGUCUUUUGAUGGGGAUGAACAGACUGAUAUCAAGCCACUCGCAAUUGGGAAGCUCAACACCGCUGCGUCGUUACUUGCCAGCCUGAGACAAGAGACAGGCUUCGAGAACUACAGAGUUUAUUACAAAGGACGACCUUUUCUUCCUAACGAGCACGAAAUCUGCAAGUCUUUGGAGGAUCUGCGUGUCCACGAGGGUCUCAUGCUGGUCAAACGUGAGGAAGCAGGCCCAGCCCCUUCUGGUCGAGUGAAGCCAGGUGCCUCUCCCCUCGAGGUAGAAAUCUCGGCGCACUUUGACGAGAUGUUCGAGUACCUCAGCAUGGAGGAGCCACUCGCACAAGAGAUUUACCACUUUCUCGUGAAACUCCCCACAGAUGGUCAUCUCUUGAAGUCAAUUGACAGCAACACAACCUCGUAUCAGCAAAUCUUUCCUCCGGGGCAGCCGUACAAGUCACUCUACGCUGUGCACACGCUUCUGGAGUACAUUGAAGCUGCUUUUCACGGGCGCAUCGACAAUGAAGAUCCCAAGGAUGACUUAACUGACCCUAAUCAAUCCUCCGCGUAUACCAAAGCUCUAAAGACGGGCAUUUCCUUUGCCACUCAGGCAAUCUCGGACAAAAAUGUCUUCGAUCAGGCUUCUGUGAGCCUGCGCCUGAAACUCACCGGCACAUUGAUACACGCAUUCCGACGGCUGCUGGAUAAUAUGCUACGGUCCACUGGAACACUUGCUGGCUCGAGCAUGGUCACAGAGCUCUACACCCCAGGACGACCAGUCAGUACGGACAUCGUUAUCGUGCCUGAACCAGCUCGGCUCGUUGAAAUCUUGACAUGCGCCAUAGAUUCCCCCGGCGAUGCUUCUCCAGUGAUUGCCGGAACACUUGCCCUCACACUCCGCCUGAGCAUAAUCAAUGGUGCAUUCUGGGCAAAGCUCAACACAAACCCCGAUUUUGUGGCUUUACUGCAUCGUGCUCUGCUUACUGAUCCAAGACCUGGGGUCAGAUCGCUUGUUGUGAAGCUCAUUGAGGAGCUUGUCUCGAUGACAGGCCACACACAGCCGUUGGACAGGUCAAACGAGUCAUCCUUAAAUAAUCCGGACGACAUCUUUGUGGCCUUGGUCUCAUACUUUUGGGGUGUUGUCAGCGACCUUGUGCUGCAGAUAGCCGGGUAUCCGGACCAGUGUGAAGAUUUCUUUAGGCUGACGUACGUCUUGCUGAUGCGAUUGAAGGCUCGAUCGCCAGGCGUGUUAGAUCUCCCAAGGCUUGCCUCUCAGGUCAGCCAGCUCUUACUCGCCCAUACAUCAACUGAAGCCAUUGGGUCUUCGGCUGGAGAGGACUCAUUUGCGAAAGGCCUCGCAACAGUUCUACAUAUUUGCCUGCAACUUGACCCCUCGGUUGCCCAAUCCCCGCAGUUGCCAGCGGAUUUGCCCUUGUCACUGUUCUGGAAGCAGCUGUAUCCCCCCAAGCGCAGUCUGAGCGAGCAGCCCAUCCCCAGGGUGGUUCUCCACAGUGAAACGAGAGCGAAGCUCUGUGACAUUCUUUUCCAUCUCGUGAAGCACGAUCCAGAAAAGACCAAGGGCCUGUUGGAAUCUCUUGAGAGUCUCGUGCCCUUCUACGAUGAUGACGAUGACGGCAUGUCUUGCGCCAUAUCAACCUCGCACCCGCUGACAUCCAAACCAGAUGAACCAUAUCUUUACGAGCUCCCGUAUCAAUUUGAGCGCCUGCGAGCGCUGCGGGCACCAUGUGGUUACGCUGGUCUGCUAAACUUGUCGAACACAUGCUACCUCAAUUCAAUCCUGGCGCAGCUUUUCAUGAACACGGGAUUCCGACAAUUCAUCCUGAACUCGAAACUUCAUGAUCCCGCCGACGGCCAAGAACUCAUGUUCUACACCCAAAAGCUGUUUGGCUUCAUGCAGGAAAGCUACCGUCGCUUUGUUGACCCCACCAAUCUUGUCAGUUCAAUCAAGACCUACGAUGACACCCUCAUCGACAUUCACAGUCAAAUGGACGUGGAUGAGUUCUACAACCUACUCUUCGAUCGCUGGGAGGGACAGUUUCACAGUCACGAAGAGAAGAGGAAACUCAAGUCUUUUUACGGUGGUCAACUCGUGCAGCAAGUAAAGUCAAAGGAGUGUGAGCACAUUUCUGAGCGACUUGAGCCAUUCUCUGCGAUUCAAUGCGACAUCAAGGGCAAAAACACGCUGGAAGACAGCCUUCAGGCUUAUGUGGAUGGCGAGAUCAUGGAAGGGGACAACAAGUACAAGUGUUCAACGUGCGACAAACACGUUGAUGCUGUCAAGAGGGCGUGUCUGAAAGACAUCCCAGACAAUGUCAUCUUUCAUCUCAAGCGGUUUGACUUUAACCUCCGUACUCUCCAGCGAAGCAAGAUCAACGAUUAUUUCUCAUUCCCAGCACGUGUCAACUUGCGACCCUACACUAUCGAGCACCUCAGCAACCCGGAAAAUGACAUCGAGGAGGACAUCUUCGAACUGGUCGGUGUCCUCGUUCACUCGGGCACCGCUGAAUCCGGUCACUACUACUCGUACAUCCGUGAGCGCCCUUCCGCCCCAGGUCGCCAGACUUGGGUUGAGUUCAACGAUGAUAUGGUAACGGCAUGGGAUCCCUCGCAUAUGGAAAGCUCCACGUUUGGUGGCCCUGAUCAUCGUCCGUACGACACAAACGGCAUCAUCUACGACAAGACAUACAGCGCGUACAUGCUGUUUUACCAACGUGCCUCUUCUCUAAGAGCUGAGCAGGAGAGGAUGAUGAGCCUAGGCAUUCCAGGGCCUCUGCGAGUCAAUGUAGCUGACGAUCUCAAAGAUCACAUCAUGAGCGAAAACACAGUGAUCCUUCGCCGUCACUGUAUAUAUGAUCCUAGCAACCUCAGGCUCGUUCAGAUGCUAUUCCAGCAGACGAGACAGCUUUGUGGAAGCUGUCGCGAAGUUGACACGAGCCAGAACAUUGGCGAGUUCCUGAUUGAUCGCGCUCAAGAGCAUGGGCUUCAGGAUUUAGCCAUGCACACGUUGCUGAGCCACCUGGACCAGGUCGUCACAAGAGCAAAGGACAUGCCGGAUUUCCUCAGCUUCUCCAAGUUGAUCAGCGAUGCCAUCACUUCAUGCCACCAUUGUGCGUUUGCUUUCUACAGCUACUUUGAUCAACGGCAUGAUGCACUGCGCGCCCUCCUCCAACGGAACCCAGAAAUGGCAGUGCGCAACUUUGUGAGCAAGAUGUUCACUGUCGCUAUACACAAGAUUGCAAGAGGCUUGCCUCAUGUCUACGAUCCGCCGGUCCCAAAUAGUCCGAUCUCAGACCCUGAUGGAGACGAGAACAUUACCGAGGGUGCUGUUGCUCACCGUUCAGUCAUUGAUGGCGUGAUGCUUCUGUUCAAUCACCUAUGGAACUUCUUCCACAUCAACCUCAGAUCGUGGGACGACUACUUUGGGGCUAUUUUGGGCUUUGCAAAGCUGGGAAGCCGCGAAGUCGGAUAUGUUCUGGCCGCUAAUUACCUGGCGAGGCUUCUGCGUAUUAUCUCGGCAGAUCCAGCACAAGCCCUCACCGGAAACUAUCAAAGGAUGCUGCAGACUGUUCUCCGACGCAUCAACAACGCCAAACCGCCUUCCUACCUGUCGGUGAUCAUGCUGGUCGAUUAUCUUCUGCAGCAGCUGGAGCCGGAGCUGGGAACAGACGUCAUUGUUGAAGACGCGGCUGAGCGACUGGAGCGGAUGGAACGGCCUUUCACCUGGACAUCGGAAGAGGUACAACUCGUGCACACCAGUCUGGACGAUACUCACGGCAGCCAUUUCGUGGAGAAGCUACUGGGGAUCGACCAAGCGACCCGUCCAACCGACGACAUUAUCCGAUUCCUGACCGGGAUCGGCUCAACGAUGGAUGGCAAGAUACUGGCCACGUUGAAGCGAUGCAUCAGGGGUGAGACGUCAACUCAAGCCAUGGACCCGUUCCUGCGGGCAGCCGGCGCCUACAUUGAGAGUACCGAGCAACUCGACUUUGCCACAAAGAUGAUUCAGCAUGUGUACACGCAAGCCAAAAGCCUGCAAAACACCGAGGGGGUAUACUUUGUUCGCUUCUUCGAAACAGCACUGUCACUCGAGCGGUCGGAAGGGGAGUUCGCGAGGACCAUCAGGAGUCUCAGUCUCCGUCUGGUGCCAAACUGGACACCCCAUCUCCUAGCAUAUCAGGAAAGCACCGUGCGAGCAGCCACAGAGAAUUUCCUAGACCGCGAGUUGUUCCAGGCCUUGCAAAGCGACUCGAUCGCUGAGCGAGACCCGGAGGAUCGGGAAGAGAUCAAGCUGACGGUCAGACAAUUGGGCCUUACGUGUUUGGGGCAUCUCGAGGAGCAUCACGUCCGAAGGAGAGCACACCUGGGGCGAGACAUUGCAGGCUCGUUCUCGCGCGUGAUUGAGUCAUGCGCCAAGUCUAUCGAAAGUGAUCCCGAGAAACAAGACGAUGUCGACACAGAGUUUAUGGCCUUGCAGCGCGAGGUGUUGGAUCCCCUCCGCAGGCUGAUCGUGGAUGACAUGGAGGAAGACGGGUCCGACUGGGAAGGAUCCUGUGGAUCAUCAGACCAGAUUGACGACCUGGUGGAGAUGAACAUUACAGGACUGAACGAGAUGAACGACGUGGAACUGGCUUGA